AUGGAGGCAUCUUCUAUUGCGCUACUAGCUUGUGCAUCAGCAUUUGUAGCAGCUCUCUUGUUGAUUUGUCUCUGCAAACUAGGCUUUCACCUCAAAGAGGUCGAGCAGUCCAAGCCAGUUGAAGAAAAUGGCACCAAAAUCAAAGAUGUUGAUGAAGAUUAUGGCACCAUAGAAGAGGGUCAUGAAGCUGGUGAUAGUAGUGCCAGGAGCAGUUUGAGCGCCGAGUAA